AUGACUAAAAACAUUGAUAGGUUAUAUGAUAGAUCUGUGAGCUUCUAUGAGCCGGUUAAAAAUAGGUCACCAAAUGCUAUAGUCUUUAUCCAUGGUGGUGCCUGGAUAGAUGAAAAAAAUACACCUAAUGACUUUGAGUUUCUAUGUGGAGCAAUGUUGAACAUGUCGGACAAUGAUUUGGAUUACGCUAUGUAUGGGAUCACAUACCGAUUGUCACCCACGGUAAAACAUCCUACGCAUAUUUGUGAUGUAAUUGAGAAUUUAUAUAGACUGAUCAAGGAUAAAGGUAUUAAGAAAUUACAACUGGUGGGACAUUCUGUUGGGGCAACAUUGGCAUGGCAAGUUGCUACUGCUACUGCUACCAAUGAACUAUGUUCGUCAUCAGAAAAGUUAAUAUAUGUUCAGUCGUGUCUGACAGGUUUGUAUUUGAUCGACGGAAUAUUCUCCAUUUCUGAAUUAUUGGAUGAGUAUCCGGAAUACAUAUAUUUUGUGUCUCAGGCCUUCCAAAAUAAUGGCAAAGAGUUUGAGGAGCUUAGCUAUUCAAUCAAGAGGCUUCCAUGUUGGAUUUCCUAUAUUCAUUUGCUGCACUCAUAUAAGGACGAAUUGCUGACACUACGCCAGCCCAGAUACAUGGCCGAUCUUUUGCAAGAGAAUGCAAUCCCCUACAUUAGUUAUUUCAGUGAUAUGGGAUUGCAUAAUGAAGUUUAUGAAAAUCCAAAAUUGGCAAGAUAUUUAUUGGAUAAUUUAAAAUUUACAUAG